AUGGCGGCUUCCAACGAAAGCGAAUAUCGCCAAUAUCUGCCUGACUUGAGCAUUCCUCGCUUCACCACCAUGGCAAAGCAGGAUGCCCAUGUGUACGCCCAAGCUUUCAAAGAAAAAGGCGUACCCCCAUGGCUCCACGCCUUGUAUCUUCACUGGAUGAAACUUUUGAAGGAGCCAUUCAAAGGUGUGACAAAUGAUGGAAUCGUUCGACCGGGCCUGUUCCAAAUACAAGACGAAGGCAUUCCCAUUAACAAAAUCGUCUCAACGACCCAAACACUCCUCUCCCAACUCACCGCCGACCAACUAUCUAAGCUCACCUACCACAUCGACUCACCCGAAUGGCGAACAUGGUCCAACCCGGAAUUCCUCCUUAGCGACAAAGGCAUUCGCCUCGACUCAGUCACACCCCAAGUCCGCGACAGCGUCAUGUCCAUUCUUCGUGUCUCCUUGUCUCCCGAAGGCUACGACAAAGCUGUCUCCGCCAUGCGUAUCAACGGCUUUCUCGGCCAACUCGUCAAAUCCCCCUCUGUCAUGAACGAGUUCUCCUAUAACUUCGUCCUCUUCGGCGAUCCCUCCACCACUUCCCCUUGGGGCUAUAGCUUUUACGGCCACCACCUGUGCCUGAACCUAUUCUUCUACCGUACUCAAGUCAUCAUCUCGCCAUGGUUCACGGGCGCAGAACCCAACGAGAUCGACGAUGGAGCCUAUACCGGGACACGAAUCUUGCAGACCGAAGAAAAACUCGGUCUUCAGCUCAUGCAGUCGCUCAGUCCUGACCAGCAGGCCAAAGCCCAAACGUACAAAGAAAUGAAAGACCCCGCUAUGCCCCAUGGGCGCUGGAACCACGACGACCAGCGGCACCUAUGCGGCGCGUACCGAGAUAACCGCGUCGUGCCGUACGAAGGCAUCCUCGUCAGCUCCAUGACGAACGAGCAACAAUCGCUCAUCCUUGCGAUCCUCAAUCAGUACUUGCUCUAUCUCCCACAAUCGGCACGGGAUAUCCGACUAAAGCACCUCUCGACAUUCUUCCAUGAAACGUAUUUCAGUUGGAUCGGCGGCUUCGCGGACCCCGACCCGUUCUACUACCGGAUCCAGAGCCCCGUGAUUCUCGUCGAGUUUGAUCACCACUCGGGUGUGUUUUUGAACAAUACACACCCAGCAAAGUUCCACAUUCAUACGCUCUUGAGGACGCCUAACGGUGGGGAUUACGGAAUGGCGUUGCGCCCGUUGGUUGAGGGUAUCGAACAGAACUUUGUAUGGAGGGAGGAUGGCGAAUGA